GACAUCCACUUGUGUACAACACAAUUUUCUACAGACAAUAGACUAGGACAAGACAAUGUCGUCUGAAAGUUCGUUUGAGACCCCUCCCCCAGAACCAGCCCUUUCUACUCCGCAUCUAAAAGCUCAUGACGACUUUAAUACUAUAGAUGCCGACCAGACAUUAUCAUCUAUAGCGGAAAAGAAACAACCUUCGGUAUUUGAUAUAGCUCAAGAUAUGCAAGAGCAGUUGAAGAAAGCAUCAGAAUUUUUAGACAAGAAUGAUAAAGAAAUGAAUGAAAGAAUUGAUGGUUUGCUUAAAACUAUUGACCAUAUCCAUAAAAGCUCAGAUUGACUGUGUAUGUGGAAAAGAUUAAAUAAUAAAAGUUCAAGUAAUGAUUAAUAGAUAACGAGAUAAAUUAU